AUGGCUGUAGCCUUGCUAAAUUGCAGCAUCUGCCCAGGCCGACCCUCUUUCAGUGACACCUCCCACCUGCUCACCCACGUCAGUUCCAAGGGACACCUUUCCGAGUUUCACAAACUCCAGGUACGGAGCUACCAGGACAUUGCCGCUGGCGUGGAACUGGCCACGUACAGCCACUGGUAUCAGCAGCAUGAUAUUGACAGACUGCUCUCAGAGAGAAUGCAAAUGAAAGAGAACAAACAGGCUAGAAAGAGAAGAGCUACUGCUGCAGCACGAAACGCUUGCGGACCACAGCCAGGAAUAUUUGACCAUGCACAGCCAAAUCCACCUUUGCCUCCAAGACGACCGGGGAGACAGAAGACCCAGACCCAGACCCAGACCCAGACCCAGACCCAGACCCAGAAGAGAAGCACUCGAAGCAAACAGGCAAGACGAGCUGUUGAUGACAGUGACUCGGACUUCAGCCCCGUCAAACCUUCCAAACGCAGAACAAGUCGACUUCCAACUUACUCUCCUGUCAAGCGGGACCCCUUCUCUGACGACGUCUUCCCGGCCCUCGAUGACUGUCCCGUUGAGGACGAACCGCCACGUCCGAUUCCUGCAACACCUGAGCACAUGAAGCUGAAGGGAACAGUAUGGCCAGGCAUGGAUCUCUUUGAUGCUGCCACGCAGGAGAUGCAGCAAAAACGAAAUCAGAAGAAGGACGCUUCUGUUCUGAGACGCAUGGAGACACUGGCUGCCUUGGUUGAGCCCACCGAGGUCGUCUAUUCACCUCGCGGCACCAAUAUCCUGAAAGCGAGACACAUUGAUGACCUUGAAGAUGCAAGCAGUUUGGUGGAAGAGGAGACUCCGAUUCCAAAAAUCAAGCAGCCCCCUCGAACUCGCAAGAGAAAGCCGCUCGCAGAGAAAGACGUCAAUGCCCCUCGACUCGUGAAACGCAAGGCCAAAGCCGGUGCCCCAAAGAGAUAUACUGAUCUUCCUUUUGCUCAGGGGUUACCUCCCCUUCCGCAUCUGCCCAGUUCAUCCACCGGUGACUCUUAUGGGCUGGGGUCUCGCUAUUUCCCGACAGAAGACGAGGAGGAGGACGUUAAACCACCGAUUCAAGCUUUGGCCCAGCGCAAACGGCCUCCUCCGUUCGAGGUCUUCGCCGACGGAAGCCCCACCUAUCAUGGAAGUAUGUCGAGAAGCGCGAAUCGGAACCCUCUUCAAAUUGGAACUCGAGGCUACGGUAAUGCCGCUUUCCAGCAACUGCCCAAGGUUUCCACAGCCUGGCUUCAACCACAGUAUCAGUCAGCCUUACAAUUUACUGACCCUUACACAACCUACCGACCUGUAGCUCAAGAGUAUCAGGCAUUCUACGAAACACAUAUCGAACAUGAGAAUAUGCCACCAUUGGCUGGACCUCCGGCGUCUUUCCGCGGAGCAGGUGCAAACCCUUUGGUAUGGAAGUCUCCCAUCCGACUGCCGACCGACCCUGGACUUCCUCCUUCCGACUCUCCUUUUGGCAAUUUCUUUUCCAUGUUUCCCGGUGGAUCGCCAGGCGAUGACCCCUUUGUGACGACCAAGAAUCCUCUUGCAGGGGCGUCGCCACACUUGGAAAGCGAGCAACAACAUGUCCUGGUCAAGGAGAAGCCAAUAUCACUGGGAAAUGCGGAACUUCAGAUGACGCCGAAGCCUAGCAAUCGGAAAUUGUAACCUCUUACCGAGAGGAACGCAACAACUUGUUACAGAUUCCGCGGAAAAUGAUCUUGGUCUUCUCUUUUGGUGUCAACAACUCAAUCAGCGAAGCAGAAUAUAUGCGGCAUAGGUACCACGAAAUGGCCCACACUCUCUUGGAAGCUCUACUGAAUCUCGCGUAUCAAUUGGUUUGGACCGCAGACUAUGUCAAUGGGAGUUCAGAAGAUGGUGGCACGGGAGAUAGAUGUCCUAUGAGAUAUUGGACGGUAAAACUCUUGAUGGUGCAUGACUUUGAUAUUUGCAGCGGGUGUAUAGAUAGCCCAGUGAGUUUGCAGCCUCUGGUAGCAUUUUUGUAGACACGCAAUGCCACCUA